UUAUAUAACUGGCAAGGAACAGCAAAGGGUGCUGUCUUUUUGCUUUUGGGGUCUUACACAGCAAGAGCCAAGAUAUGUAAAAAACCUGAAAGAGUAGUAGAAGUUAAAGUAGUACAACAUUGGAAUUAAGUGUACAUUUACAUUGUUUGAGGCCUGGCCGGCACACCACAUUUCAAUUUUCCAACUGUAACAUGAACAACAAAGUCCACCCUCCACCUUGGAUUUUCAGAAUCUUGUACUUGUCACUGUGGCUCUCCUUUUUCCACCCAAAAUUUGAAUUAGUAAAAAAAAAAAAAGAAAAAAAAAACAAAAUAUUUCAUAUCAUAUUCCAAAUUCCAAAGCCCCAUCAUUGUUUGUACCCUCAAAAAAACUUUCACUCCUUUAUAAAGUUUUCAACUGACUUUCAAAAACAAUGCAAGUUAUCACUCCCAUUAACUGUUUGACAAUAGUCCUGUGUCAACUUUACUCAACUACUAUACUUACUUGCCAUUGGUUUUCACUUUUCAAUAGUCAUUUCUUGAAAGGCUAAUUGAUAAUGGGGGUGAUGAAGAUGAAUAUGAGAUGGCCUCCAUGGCCACAACAUCUAUGGCCCAAGAAGUUUGAGGCAAUUGUGAUUGUACAAAGGCUUGAAGGAACAUCAAGCUUGGUGAAGAAGUUGAAGAAGAAGGCUCAUGAGGAGUUGGGAUCAUUGGUGGUUGAGAUCAAAUGGAAGGGCCAGAAGAAGGGUAGUGUAUCCUUGAGGUCCCUUGGGGCCUCCAUGAAGAGAAGCUUCACCAGUGUUGUUGCUCUAAUUGGUGGUGAAGGUGAAGGUGAAGGUGAAGGUGAAGGAGUGGUUCAAUGGAACCAGGAGUUUAGAAAUGUUUGCACCUUUAAUGGUUACAAGGACCAUGACAUGUUUCAUCCAUGGGAAGUUAUGUUCACUGUCUCCAAUGUUUAUAACAAAGGGCCCAAAACAAUGGCCUCUGUAAUUGGAGUUGCAUCAGUAGACUUAGCCAAACACAUGCCUGCAGCUGUGGAUAAAAAGACUGAAAUUCUAAUUCCUUUGAAUGUUCCUGGCACCACUAGUACUAGUCUCUCACUUUGUGUAUCCCUCAGAUUACUGAAAUUGGAGACACUUAAAGAGUAUUUGGAUGCGGAGCAUCGAUCGAUGGAGCAUGUUCCUUCUUUGCCAUCUUCUCCAGAAUCUCCCUCAACGAGUAGAAACGAACCUUCUACACUUAAAGUAGGUCUAAGAAGAGUAAAAAUCUUUGCUGAGUAUGUAUCUACUGUGAAAGCUAAGAAGGGAAACUCAAAAGAUGAAGGAAAUGAUGUUACGAGUUCCAACAGAAGCGAAGAUUCCGAACAUAGAUAUAGAUCCGACACAGAUUCAUUAGAUAAUGAUUCUGCCAUUGAUUUGCAUGAUAAGAACAAAGAAGGUUCAUAUGUUAGAUGUUCUUCAUUGGGUUAUGGGACAUUAGACUCCGUAAAUUUUGUAGGAGGAUCACCUUGUCUAAGUUCAUUUUUCAAUGGUGAAGAUGAUUUUGGAGUAGCACAUGUUGAGAAUUACAAUACACUUGAUCAGAUAGAGUGUCAUGGUUCGAGGAAUAGAAUCAUUUCUUGGAGGAAAAAGAAACUGAAAUUUAAAUAUUUGAAGGUGAAAAAAGGGGAGCUACUUCUGAAAAGGGAUAAUGGAGAAGUGGGCGGAGAUGAUAUUGAUUAUGAUCGCCGCCAACUUAGCUUUUCUGAUGGGUAUACUGUCAAGUGGCAUAAAAUAGAAGAAACUAUCGCCACAAGGCAAUCGUUUGUUCCUGAAUUCGAGGGUAACAAUUUUAUGGUUGGAGGUUGGGAGUGCAAGGAGUUCAUCAGCCGAGACAAACGAACAAAGCUCCAUACACAAGUCUUCUUUGCUUCAUUUGAUCAAAGGAGCAAACAGUCUGGUGGGGAAGGCGCAUGCGCGGUCCUGGUUGCUGUGAUUGCUGAUUGGCUAAAAGCAAACCGAGUCGAAAUCCCCAUUAAGUGUCAAUUUGAUAGCCUUAUUAAAGAUGGAUCAUUAGAAUGGAGAAUUCUCUGUGAGAAAAAGGAACACAUGAAAAAAUUUCCUGACAAACACUUGGACCUUGACACUGUUCUUCAGGCCAAAAUCAGUUCAAUUUUCGUGCUGCCAGAAAAAUCCUUUGUUGGAUUCUUCAUUCCAGAAGAGGGAACAACUAAGAGUGGAGGCUUUGAAUUCCUUCAAGGUGCUAUGUCCUUCGAUAGAAUAUGGGAAGAAAUAAAAUUUUCUGCAUCAAAAUUGAACAUAAAUGAUGAUCCUUUGGUCUACAUUGUAGGUUGGAAUGAUCAUUUCUUUGUACUAAAGGUUGAGCAAGAUGCUUAUUACAUCAUUGAUACUUUAGGGGAGAGAUUAUAUGAGGGAUGCAAACAAGCAUACAUAUUGAAAUUUGAUGCUUCCUCAACAAUUGAGAAAUUAAUGGCCAAAGAAAAUCAAGAGUUGAAUGAGAUUAUAUGUAGAGGCAAAGAAUCAUGCAAAGAAUAUAUCAAAAGAUUUUUGGCUGCCAUAACUGUAAGGGGAGUGCAGCUUGAGGUCAAGAAAGGCUUGAAACCUUCAAAGCCUCUUCACCAUAGGUUACAGAUUGAAUUCUAUUAUACUCAAUUGAAGCAACAGUAAAAUGCAGAUCAUGCAUCAACAAACCAACACUGGCUUAGUUGAAUAGUAGGCAAGUUUGUCAUUUUUCCACCAAGAGACUUCGAGUCUUGGAGAAGGAAAAAACAGUUAUACUCAGAGAGACAGUUAUAGUUUUUCGAACUAGAUUAACUGGAUUUGAAGUAAUAGGGUCUUGAUUCAAGUGCAGAGAAAAAAAAAGAUGGUGCAUCAACAAUUGCUUGGUGCAAUUCUAGAGAUAUUUCAUAGUUAGUUACUAAUAUUGUUUUUUCCAUGAGAUUGUUUUACACAACUUACUAAAAUACACUUGAGUUAUUUAAGCUGAGCUGAAGAUUUGGUAUUUUUCUUGAAUUUUCAUGGCUGGGCCUUCUGAUCAAUAAUGUUGAUUAUUAUAUAUAUGUUAAUCUAAGAUUUUCAAUUUGGAAUUCAACACUCUUUGUCUCAACAGUUACUGAGAUAUCACAUUUCCCUCCAUUUGCAAUUCGGGUCCAGCUAUUUAAGUCUUAUUUAUAUCUUUUUAUAAUAAAACAUAAUAUUUAAUUUGAGGAAAUAAUUAUUUGAAAAUGAAAUGAUAAAUACUCUCAUAUUUAAGAAAAAAAAUUGAAAAGUAAUUUUAAAAAGCUUGGAAGGUGUUUCCGAUGGCGAUAACAACUUUCGUCAUACAUUUCCCUUUUAAAUACCUUAAGAAUCAAUUUGAUACAAGACAUGUAUAAUAUUUGACUCUUAAAAAUGUGCUUCACCUUGUUAAAAACAUAGGUUGUAACAUAUAACUUGACCUUAACAUAGUAUUCUCUAGUAUAUGCUGCUAGCUCAUGCAUAAAUAAACAAAGCCAAUAAGGGUAUGUUUUAUUGGAGUAAAAAUGGGAGA